UAAUUCUCUAUAAAAUACUGAACAUUUUUCCUGAUACAAGCUUCGAUUUAUAAAUUAAUCAAAUAUGGGAUCUAAAUUGAAAGAAACAUUGAAAGCUGGCAAAGAAUAUGGAUCAUUUUAUACUGGAGGAACAAUUCUAUGGACACUUGAUGGGAAUUUUUUCUUGUGCCGUGAUGGAAACAAAGUUAAUGUUAUAUCCAUUAAGACAUUGGAUGUCGAAAAAGUUCUUGGUGCAGAUGAUUCCACAUCCGAAGAUUUAAUUUACACAUUUUCUCUAACUUCAAAUGAUGAGAAUGUCGUAACAGCACAUCGAAGUGGAUUGCUUAAACUAUGGGAUUUUAAAAUAGGAGAGUUAAUAAAAUCAUGGAAAAACUUACAUGUUGGACCAGUUUCUUGUCUGGAGUACAGUCCUUCGGCAGAAUUAUUGGCAUCUGGUGGAACUGAUUCCUUAAUUCGCAUUUGGGACUUUAAAAAUCAAAUUUGCAAGGGAACAUUAAAAGGUGCACAAGGUGUAAUUAGUGUGAUGAAAUUUCAUGUUACUGAGAAUAUUUUGAUUGGUGCUGGUGACGAUACGACGAUCCAUGCUUGGGAUUAUGAAACGAGAAAAAUUUUGAGAUCCUUCGUUGGACACAUUUCUAGAAUUACCUCACUAUCAUUUUCUUUGGAUGGAAAAUUUUUAGUAUCAUCAAGUCGUGACAAAGUGCUAAUAUUUUGGGAUUUUAAUAAAGGAAAUCAAAUUCGUACGAUUCCAAUUUACGAAGCAAUUGAAGCUAUGGAAGUACUUCCUUAUGAUAUCAAACUUCCUAAUGGAAUCGUACUCUCAGAUCAUUCAAAAGUUUAUGUAGCGUGUGCUGGAGAAGAAGGAAUUGUCAAAAUUUGGCAAAUUAAUGAUUCGAAGAUGCUUCACAAGCAAAACAUGAGUUUGAUUUCUAAAGCUUCUGAAGAAGGCGGUCUUGCAAUAACACAAAUGUUGUUCAAUCAACAGCUUGAACAGAUAACAUUAGUUAGUUUUGAUCACAACAUUAUCAUUCAUGAUUUAUCAACGUUUUCAUGCUGCAAACAACUCAUUGGAUUUAAUGAUGAAAUUCUUGAUGUCGUUUUAUUAGGAAAGAAAGAUCAAUAUUUGGCUAUGGCAACAAAUAGUAAUGACCUUAAAGUUUAUGACACAUUCACAAUGAACUCAAUAAUUCUUAAAGGUCAUACUGACACUGUUCUUGCUCUUAGUGCUCACAAAAAUUUUCUGUUGUCAUCUGGUAAAGAUAAUUCGAUUCGCUUAUGGAAAGGAGAUUUUGAAAGUUUUUCUUUCAAAUGUGUUGCUGUCGGUAUGAAACAUACAGGAGCUGUCGGAAGUAUUGCUAUAAGUAAAAUGUCAAUGACAUUUUUCGUAUCUGUAAGUCAAGAUCAAUGCCUUAAAAUGUGGAAGCUUCCAGACAAAAUUGAAAUGGAAUCAUUGGAGAAUGUUAAACUGAAAUGUGUCAACACUCAGAUAGCACAUGAACAAGAUAUUAAUUGUGUAACAAUCUCUCCAAAUGAUCGAUAUGUGGCAACUGCUUCACAAGACAGAACCGCAAAAUUAUGGGACGUUGUUGAUUUAAAAUUGAUUGGAAUAUUUCGUGGACAUCGACGUGGUGUUUGGUCAGUUCGAUUUUCACCAGUUGACCAGAUUAUCGUUACAAAUGCGGCUGAUUGUUUAAUUAAGCUUUGGAACAUUAUAGAUAUGACAUGUCUAAAAACUUUCGAGGGUCAUGAUAAUUCUGUUCUUCGAACUGAAUUUAUCUCUAAUGGAAUGCAACUUCUCUCAGUAAGUGCUGACGGUUUAAUGAAACUUUGGACAAUAAAAUCUUCUGAAUGUAUUCAAACUCUUGAUAAUCAUGAAAGUCGAAUAUGGACAAUGGCAAUAACCGAGGAUGAGACAACCAUUUAUACUGGAGGUUCUGAUUCAAAACUCAUUCAAUGGCAUGACAUAACUGAAGCCAAAAAGGAAGAAGAAGCGCAGAAGAAAAAGGAAGUAGUCCUUCAAGAACAAGAUUUGAGUAAUUUGUUAGCUCAAAAAAAAACCAUGAAAGCUCUUCGAUUAGCAUUGAAUUUAAAUAAACCAUACAUGACACUUAAAAUUAUUAACUUCGUUAUUAAGAAUCAAGAAGAAGGAUUGAAAGAUACAAUUGAGAAUCUUAGACCUGAUCAAAAACAAUCACUUCUUGAGCAUGCUGUAGAUUGGAAUUCGAACAGUAAGAAUUGUCGACCAGCACAACUCGUUUUCAGCCUAUUAAUGCACGAUAUUAUCGCUGGAGAAUAUCAAAUAAAUGGCUUAAAUAAAAUAUUAGAAGGAUCUUUACCUUACAGUGAACGGCAUUUUAAAAGAAUGACUGAAUAUAUGAAGGAUUUAAAGUUCAUUGAAUACACUAUGAAUUGCAUGCAGACAUGUAAUGAUAACACAAAAAAUAAAUAAAUCCCAUUUAGGAAAUAAUUAUUUUACUGUUAAAACAA